UUUGUGGGGUACACCCCAGAAGUGCUACAGAACAACACACUGCCAGACUACAGUCCUGGGGAGUCCUUCUUCACUGUAUUUGGGGUUUUCUUUCCUGCAGCCACAGGAGUCAUGGCUGGUUUCAACAUGGGGGGUGACCUUAGAGAACCCGAAUCCAACAUCCCUGUUGGCUCACUGGCAGCAGUUGGCAUCUCGUGGUUUCUCUAUAUCAUCUUUGUCUUUUUGCUGGGUGCCAUCUGUACCAGGGAGUCCCUUCGUUAUGAUUUCAUGAUAGCAGAAAAGGUAUCUUUAGUAGGCUUCCUAUUCCUCUUGGGGCUGUACAUCUCAUCGCUGGCUUCCUGUAUGGGGGGUCUAUAUGGAGCCCCCCGUAUACUACAGUGCAUUGCUCAAGAGAAAGUGAUCCCAGCAUUGACGUUUCUGGGGCAUGGGAGAGGAUGCAAUAAAACACCUGUGGCUGCCAUUUGCUUAACCAGCCUGGUAACCAUGGCAUUCAUUUUCGUGGGUCAAGUCAAUGUUCUGGCUCCCAUCGUCACCAUCAACUUCAUGCUUACUUAUAUUGCUAUUGAUUAUUCUUACUUCUCCUUGUCUAUGAGUCACUGCAACCUCAACCAGAAGCUUGAUAUGGGAAGGAAGGAAAGCUCUAGGGCUUCUUGUUCUGAGCAUCUGGUGCUGGACAAAGGGCCCAGCUAUGGCUCUGAAAGCACCUUCCAGGCCAGCCCUGAGGGCACCUUAUUGGAAUUCACCAAAGACAUGGAUCAGCUUUUGCACCUCACCAAGUUCUGCCAGAAUGGCCCUAGUAAAGGAGAGAGGGAUGGGAUCAAGGAGAAGAAGAAGGUGAAACACCAAAAAGCAACUAAGGAAAUUCUCCAGGAGAGCUUCCUCUUGGACCUCAACUCCCCUGCUUCUCCAUCCUCUCCCACAUACUCUAGAAUGGGGACUGUCUCCUCCUCAGAGGAAUGGGAACAUCAUUCCACUCAGCAGAAUUUCUUGGGAGAAGGGAGUGUGUGCUCAUCCCGGACUAAGAGGAACCAUAAAGACCACUUGACUUGUGAAAGCCAGCAGUCUCUUGGACGUGGAAGACAAGAUUCUUUCCCAAAGCUCAGUUUCCAGGAACAGGAUGUCAAGAGGAGACCAGUUUCCUUCUACACUCAAUUGUGCAACCCGUGGGUCUCCCUGUUUGGGGCCAUCGGGUCCCUCACCAUCAUGUUUGUGAUUCAGUGGAUCUAUGCCUUAGUUGACAUAGGAGUUGCUGUCAUUCUUUAUUUCUACAUAGGUCAAGUCAGCCCUGGCCUUCACCCUGGAGCUGCUUCCAAUUUUAGCCUUUUCAGAUGGAUGAAGUCUCUUCUUAUUCCCUCAUUCAGGAGACUGCAGUCUUCUCAGAAGCAGAUUAUUUUGACACCAUCCCUGGCCAAGGUUGACAUGGAGAUGACUCAGCUCACCAAGGAGAAUGCAGACUUUGCCUCUCGGGACCGGUACCACCAUUCCUCUCUUGUGAGCAGGGAAGAGCUGAUAAAUCAGUUCUAGGAGCUGCCAGAGACGGAAGCCUUUAUUUCCAGGAAGCUAUCCAGUGGGAAUAAUGGACCCACACCCUAAAACCAUGGUGGGGCUGGUCCCAUUCAAUGUGAAAGUGCCUCCCAGCUUCCCCAUUGAUAAGGACUUGGACUACUGGAGGAACAACAGAAGAAUCUGGAUUCUGAGAACUGCCAUUCAAGAAGAACCAAUAGACAUGAUCCCCAGCUCUGAGAAGAUGGUAUACUCAGAGAACCUAGCAAAUCUUGUUUUGUUUUUGUUUUUGUUUUUUAAGUGAAUGUCCUUUAAAUUAAAGAGUUUAACGAGUUGGAAUUAUUUUAUGGUUUCUACAGUCUUGAAAACAUUUGUGUCUCUGGCCUCCAGAGCAUUUAUUGGCAGAUGUUUUGUGGAGUGAAUGAGGUGAGGGAACCAGGAUAAGGUUGAAUUCUGCUGGGAGCUUGGGACUAUAAUUGCCCUACAGAAGGUAGAGUAGUGUUUCAGCUUUAGGGAUGAAAAUGGAGGAGUGAAGGAAGGAAGGAGGAGUGGGCUGUGACCAUGGCUUCUAGAGAUACCACAUGGUACCUGUAUUAAUUAAUUAUGUUGCCAUUUCAGAAAUAUAUUGUAUUGCUCCCAACAUAACUUCUAUAGUAAUAAUAAUUAACAUUUAUUUUUACAUAACAAACACCUAAUAGUUUAUAAAGAAUUUUCAUAUACAUUAUUUUAUCAUCUUUACUCCUCAAUAACAUUUUGGCAUAAUAUGGUACAAUAAAAAGAGUAUUGACUUUGUCAAGA